AUGAUGCGCCGUGUCAUUGCCCUGCCCGUCGCCCGCCGCGUGGCCUCCGCGUCCAGCGCACUCGUGGUGUCCCCCCGCCAGGUCUCCACCGUCUCCAUCUCCGUCCAGGGUCUGCACUACGUUGGCACCCUGGCUGCUAUCGCGCUCGCUGGUGUCGACAUGUGCAUCGGUUCCAUCUUCGGCUCCCUGCUGAUCGCCUGCGCUUGCCAACCGAACCUGACCAAGAUGCUCUUCAACUACGCUAUUCUCGGCUUCACCCUGACGGGGGCCAUUGGCCUGUUUGCGCUGAUGCUCGCCUUCCUCAUGCUCUUCUCGUAG